AAAUAGUGGCACCGCCUGACAGACUGCAGAUCCUAGAGCGAGAGCGCAGACUGCAGAUCCUAGAGCGAGAGCACAGACUGCAGAUCCUAGAGCGAGAGCGCAGACUGCAGAUCCUAGAGCGAGAGCGCAGACUGCAGAUCCCAGACAAGACUUUCUCUGCUGAUCCCAAUGAAGGGCCCGGUGCUCCUCCUGCUGGUCCUGUCUGUGACGGUCGCUCACGCACAGUUUGUUCAAUGGGUUAAAGAUACGGGCAAAAAAAUUAACGAUGGCGCCAGAUUUGUUAAAGAAGCCGGUCAGGGAUCUUGGGACAUGGGUCGCGCCUACAUGGACAUGAGAGAAGCCAACUUCAAGGAUUCGGACAAGUAUUUCCACGCCCGAGGGAACUACGACGCUGCAAGAAGAGGGAGCGGAGGAGCCUGGGCAGCCAAGAUUAUAAGUGACGCAAGAGAAGGCUGCCAGUCCAACAGCGGAAGAGGAGCCCAGGACAGCGCCGCAGAUCAGAGGGCCAACGAGUGGGGCCGCAGCGGACAGGACCCCAAUCACUUCAGGCCUAAUGGUCUUCCUAAUAAGUAUUAGACCGGGACCCUAAAUGUUCAGCAAACCUCCUGCAUUUAUACUGAUAUCCCCCCCUAACAUUCACUGCACUGACUGGGAGGUCCCUAUACCCAGUAAUGAUGGGAACUGUAAGAAUAAAGGCCUCUGCAUUGUC